CAAUCAUUGAUCUUUACUGCUUUCCUUGCUCUUCUGCUUGUUUAUUGAGAAGAGAUUUCGUGCUUGAAAAUUGGUUGUUGCGAAUCCGCGAAGCUUGAUCUGCGAAUAGAGCUCCCGCUCAUAUUUUUUCCCCAGCCGUCGAUAGACGAUAUGUUACGCGGUGUGAUAUAUUUCGGGUGACUUUAGGGUAUAACAGUCGAGGGUGAUGCUUGAACGGGCUGCCGGAUGCCUCGAGAACGCAGGACGGCGUUUCUUCCGGGAUUCCAAUGGCGCCAUUCGACAUUCAAGGUCACUGUAUCCUCUUCUCGGACACAACAAUGGAGCAAGUGCAGAUUUUCCUUCCUGGCUUUUGGCCUUCGUGCAGAUUUCCGACCUGCGGGGCUCGUAUAGCCUGAGCGCCACUUCAAAUACACGAACGCCGUUUCUCGAUUUCCUGUACCCACCACAAACCAAGACCUUUGCAGCCUCAUGUUUAUUUCACGCCUCGAAGAGAAUUGGUUCUCGGCGGAGGAGGAAAACGGUACCCGGUCUAUCCAGAAAUUACGUCUCGAAAAGUGCUAGUCGUUAUCAAAGUGCCCAGGCGGGGCAGGGAGUGUUAGAGGAACAUGAAAAGCCGGGUGAAGAUGAUGAACGGGGACGCGCAAGGGACAGUCUUGGAGUGUUGUUCAACCAGCGGAGGUUGGGAGACUAUGAAGAAGCUUGGACGCUAUAUGCAGUUGCCGGCCGGCCCCUCGAUUUGAAAUCGGCUCUCCUCGAUUACCUUAGUCGUUCAGAACGGCCGCUCGACCGUAACCGGACGAAACAGAUAUUUGACGAAAUCCCUGUCGAACAUCGCUCUGCGCACGAUUACCUGCGCCUAGCGGAAUCAUGUGUGACUGCUGGAACAUUUCCGGAUUUAAAGGAAUUAUGCGAGGGAGCUGUAUCGAACGGGGUGGGAAACCUGUGCUUGGCCUUUACUAUCGCAACCUUGGUAAACAAUGCGCAAUGGGAUAUUGCUCAAGAUAUGUGGAAUUUACGGCCGAAAUCUUUUGAAGACGAGCGGUCUCCCGACAGUGAAUGGUUGCGUUCUGUCGUUUCCCAGGUGGAUUUAUCGUUAUUCCUCAAAAAUAUAGUUGGCCUAGCGGACUUCCUCAAAGCCCAAGGUGAUGUUUGCCCUGCUCGCGAACUUGUGGGCAUCCUUAUUGAUCAUGCUUUCUCGUCAUUGAAAGCCAUCGAAAACACGUCCUCCAGAAAUAUUCUUCUCCUUCUACGCAGAUACAAAGGACUCGGCAUUGUCACCGCGGAACAUUUCUACAAAUUGAUCCAGACUUCCCAGUCUUCGGAGCUUCGAACGACAUUCAUUCGGUCCAUUGUCAUUUACCGUACGUUUCGUUGGCAGUUGCCGGACGAGGUGCCUCCAGCGAAAAUCAUUCGUGCCAUGAUGAGGACUCUUGUGUCGUUUGACAUCACCAACGGUAUGACGUAUUUCAUGGAGGAGUUCUCGCAAUUUCAUGGAAAACCCACCCCCGAUGUGUAUAAGAAUGCUCUCGUUGCAUUUUCAAGGGCCGGUGAUGUCGCAAAAGUCCGCGAAGUCUUCGACAAGCUCGUAUCCGACCAUGGACCGCCGCGCAGCCGCAGGCUGCUAACUCCGCUUCUUUACGUCCAGGCAAGGGUUGGAAACAUUCAAGAGACCCGUCGAGAAUUCAACCGGAUUCCAGAGGAAUAUGGCCUUGAAUUGAAUACGGUGUGCUGGAACAAUCUGCUCACUGCCCACGCGAAUGCGGGUGACGUUAGUGGGGCUUUCCAAACUUUCGAUGAAAUGCUUAAAAGCGGGGUGGAACUGAACUCCCAUACAUUCGGUAUUUUGAUGGGCGUCUGUGCCAACAGAGGUGAUAUCGACAAUGUCCGCCGUCUGCUAGCUAUGGCGAAAGAACGCCAGAUGCAGAUUACGGCUCCUAUGAUUGAUCCAAUCGUAGAGGCGUACUGCCGCAAUGGAAAGUUUGACGUGGCUGAAAGCGUGGCCGAGACUUGCCUCGGCUUGGACGUGCAGGGCUCGCGGGUACGAAUGUGGAACAUGCUACUUUGGCACUACGCAUUCAGACUCGACUUAGAAGCCGUCUCACGAAUCCGUUCACGAAUGGACAAGGCAGGACUUUUACCUGAUGGCAUGACAUAUGCCGCUUUGAUGCUCAGCUUGGCGCUCAUUGGCAAGACCAAUUCUGCUCGUCGAAUUUUCCGGUCCCUUCACCGAAACAAGCGCGUGCAUGCAACCGAGUUUCAUUACACCAUCAUUCUGUACGGUUACGUUCGAGAGCGGAAUCGUGACAUGGUACACAUUAUUUUCCGUGAGAUUAAGGAACGUUUCCAGCGACCUGGCUCCAGCUCAAGCCUCCUCUUCCUUAAGAACCAGUUGCAGAGAGACUUGCAAUCCAUCAGGUCUGGUGGAAAGCCCGAGGAGAGUGCCAGUGCACGCCUUGAAAACGCCGAAAAGUUCCUUGCUGAGACCAUCGCGGACUUCGACACUACGAAACUGGCUACAAAGGAGCCGAUGCCAGCCACCGGAAGACAAUCCGCCAUGGAAGCCUUCCCCAGCAUGUUCUAUGAAUACGUCAUGAAUGCAUAUGGAACUAAGGGAGCGUCUCGGAAAGUACGGGAGUUAUUCGACCAGUUCAUCAGCCGGCAGAAAACUCUACGCUCUUCAGACAAUGUGGAAGAAAUCGCGCCUCUUCGCUUGCUUAACACCCUGAUGCUCGCGCACUUGCGGGCUGACGAAUAUAAAGAAGUUGAGGAUUGCUGGCGUCUGGUAUUUCCUCGUGCGAUCAAGUUGGCCACUCCUCUCAACGUUGAUGAAUGGCUUUCUGCCCAUUUGCCACCGGCAGACAGCCUCUACCCUCCCCGUCCCUCUCUACCCCAGUCUUCCCAAGGCAGCCAUGAUUUGCUCGUGGAUUCCGAUGCUUCUGAUUUGUCAGAGGAGCUCAUCUCAAAGAAACAUAGAAUUCUCCCGUCUUAUACGUUCAUGCUAUCAAAACCCCUCUCUCUGUACUUGCGUUCGUUGGCGUAUCGCAAUGAGCUCGAAAGGAUCCCGCAGGUUGUGGCUGAAGUUGAGCGUGCAGGAUUCAGUCUGUCCACUCAUAAUUGGUCGAGUUAUGUCCAGCUGCUCGCAACGUCUGACAACCCAUCACAUCAACUUCAGGCAUUUGCUGUCUUUGAGGAGAAAUUCAUGCCUAAUUUCCCGGGAUGGAAAUUUAUUCGCCGUGGACUCAGCAUCAAACCUCCAGGGGUUCCCAAAGCAAUUGCAGAGCUCGAGGAUCGUAGACAUGGAAGGCGCCGCGAUCACCUCUUCAAAGAAGGGCGAAGAUAUUGGAACCAAAUCCAGCCGGAUUUCAUGCAUCCCACCUAUAUUUCCAUGGUCUACCUCGCCUCUGCCUUGCUUGAUUUUCGAGAGAGAAGUGUCGUCGAAGGAGGUGCGGAACUGCAAUCCUUGUAUAACGGGGCCCCCAACACUCUUGAGGCAUUGGGUAGCAUGCCUUAUAUCCGCGAAAAGUUCCAGGGCGUAUUGCUCCGCUCUCGUCAACAGCAACGCGAUAAAAGGAAAGCUCCCCUUCAAUGGGAGCCUUGGGUAUGGACCGGUGGUGUCCUUGGCGUUGGAGGUCGUCCUAGAGCUUCUGCUCUCGUUCUCUCCAACGAAGCAGCCGCUAGAACAAGUAUUGCUGGCGGAUUAGAUCUACUCGUCGCUGACAUCAAGUCGAAAGCGAGGGCCUCCGUCUCAGAGAAGGAUGAACCCGAGGGCUCCCCUCCUCCUAAGACUUUCGACCCAGAAGACGAGCACGACAUCGAGACCGAAACUAGCUAUGAAGCAACGAGCGGCCUUGUUGAUCCCGAUGAUGAGUCACGGUAUCUCAGGAAGCCUGAUAGCUUGUAUGUUUUCAGACUACCCUUUGUGAAGGAGGAGCCGGUGUCCAAAGAGCUGGACGAGCCAGCAGAAGAACCAGCAGAUGAGCCAGCAGACGACGUAUCAGAACCCGAUGCUGCAGAAGAUGCGGAAGAUGUUGAAGCAACCGACGAGGAGCAAGGCCUCAAGCAUACCGAAGAGAAGGAGCCUGAUGAACGGUCUUAGGUCCUGUAUAUUUUCUCUGAAUCUUCUUCAAAUGUAUAGAUAGUUUUUGACAUGUAUGAUCUACGUCCAUAUUUUGUAUAGUGCGCAUUGUCACGAAGUAUGAAGAGCAUAGAAGCAUUACAGCGCGGUUGGGAAUGUAUAGUAGAUAUUCUCUAUUCAAUUUUUUCU